AUGGUCCACGAGUACAUAACUGAGCUUGCCACGGGCGCUCUCCUGGAUUCGUUCGCCCAUCCAGGAGUGAGCGUUGGAGAGCCGGUCGGAGAGGAUCGUGAGCGUAUGGUACAGAUAUUCGUACGGCAAUUACUGCUUGCGCUGAAGCACCUUCACGACAUGCGAAUCGCUCACCUCGAUCUCCGGCCGGAGACGAUUCUGCUCCAGGACAACAAGCUGAAACUGGCCGAUUUUGGUCAAUCAAGGCGACUUCUUCGUGGAUUGAUCACAGGAAAAAUCCAAGGAUCGCCAGAAUUCGUUUCACCGGAAAUUGUGCGUGGAUAUCCACUCACAUUGGCAACGGAUAUGUGGAGCGCUGGCACCCUCACCUAUGUAUUGCUCACCGGCAUCUCUCCAUUCCAUGGUGAUAACGACAAUGAGACGUUGGAAAAUGUGAGCAAUUGCGCAUAUUCAAUGAAAGGCGACGAAUGGCGCCCAUUUACGGCCGAAGCGGCUGAUUUCGUCAAACACCUUCUCAUGGAGAUUCCAGCGGAGAGGAUGACGGAGCGGCGGGUCUUCGUUCAACAGACACCUUCUGAGCAACUGUUGGAAGCCGUUUUGGCACCAUCGUACCUUACUGCACAGCCCCAAAAGGCUCCAGCUGCUGAAAGCGCUAGUUCAGUAGAUAUCUACGACUAUCUGCGCAUCAAAGAACGACCGCCACCACCAACUGAAGAGGUACCGAGACGGCGCCGAGAGUUUGCUGAACCAAAGCAACCAUCUGCUCCUCAAGCGUUCGACCCGCGAAAACAGCCCUACUUCGACCCAAAAGACCCACAAAGUCAACAAUUCGUCGAUCCUAGAGAUCCUCGACUUGCCGAUCCCAGACGACAGCAAGGCCGUUCCCCUGCCCCCGUUGACCAACAAGGGCGACCUGUCCAGACGAAAAAAAUUCCUCUUGACCAAUACGGUAAGAAUAGCCGCUGUUAA